AUGGCAGCUGUAGAUUUGAUAAGAGACCCAAGAGUUAUCAAAGACGCGGUAACGGAUAUAAAUCAAAGUGUCCUUGUUAUUCGUAGCGCGGUUCAAGCACUCAAUCAAUUGACAAACCCUACUCAGAGGCUAUCACCCGAAAAGAACGACUUAAAUGCCAUCCGCACACAUUUGAGGGAAAGUUUAAAGCAUGAUAUUGAAAAUGUCGGUAUUGGUAAAUCAAUUGAUAAUCUCGCUGAAGUAAAUAAAAUAGCGGCCAGGAUUAAAGGGGCCAGACCCGAUAUGAAUAAUGCGGAAAUCAACGCUUUAGCACAUGAUUUGUAUGACAAAAUAAGAGAAGACCCAUCAAACCGAAACAUAGUAGAAAGCGUGCUUAGAGAUUUGGAAUUGGGAAAAAUCAAAGGAAAAUCGCCUGAAAGAAAGGGGUUUGACAAAUUAGUGGGUGAUUUUUCGAAAUCUUACGGUGGAGAAGUGAUAAAAAAAGCUAUGCAAAAAGCGCUGGAAAUCAAGGCCAAUUAUCCUGCCAUGACCCGACAAACCUUGCUGUGUUUAAUAUACGAUCUAUGCGAAAAAAUAAUGGAUGAAGAAGGAAAAGCCCCAGGAGCAUUCAAAUCAGCUUCUUCUUCUAAUAUGAAAGCCUCUGCAAUUUUUGAUGCAGAUUUCAAUGUUAGAGAUGAUUUCGCUAAUCCCCUAGGCGUCGAUCUGAAGGGAAGAUCAGUAAAUAUGGAUGCCCUAUGCAAAACAGUGCGCCUUUUGACCAGAUUAAAAAAAAUGCACCCAGACUGGCCAAAAGAAGACAUAUUGUUUAAAAUCAAUUCAAUUUACAAUAGUCUAGCGAAUGGGGAAAGAACCUUUCAAGAUUGGAGCAUGGAAAUACCUGCGCCUUUAGGAUCUAUCUCGCAACCAGAUCCUUACUUUAGACAACCCAUGGUAAAUCAGAUUAUGGAAAAGCCUAUGGAGAUGAACGAUGAUAUGACGGAAGUUUCGCAAGAGAUCAUGCAUGCCGUAUCCUCUAUUAAAGAUGGAAUUCAUAACCUUAGAAGCACAGCAGAAGAUAUUAAGUUAAUUGAAGCAGCUCUGGUCUCGGGUCCACCAUCCCCUGAUUUAGAAAAGAUGCGACAGGAGACUGAAAAAGCACGGUUACAGAUGGAGCUUGCAAAAGAACAGGGUAAAUUAGCGGCGAAGAAAGCGGAUGCAAAACCUAAAGAAAAGGAAAAAGAGAAGAAGAAAGGUUUCCAAAUAUCAAAAUGUUUAAAGAAGGACCCAAAAGGUAUGUAA